UUGUACUUUUUUCGAACCGGUUCCGAUCCACAUACACCAACCACCACCAACAACCAACAACACCCUCCAAGUUCUCCACAGCCCCAAAAACCCGACACCACCACCGACCACACCUCCUCAUUUCUUCCGCUAAAUGCGGCGCAACUAGUUUACACCCACGCUCACCCAAACGCAAAAACACCCCACCAAACACCAUCAUACUUAGUCUUUGUACAAACCCGCCAACACCUCCGCAAACCCAACGUCGACAAACACCCACACAAACAAGCCCACAGCCCACCACCACCAACACCACCAACAUCCCGCCACAACCACACUACCCCACCCGCUUAA